CACAACUAAUAUCCAUUAUAUUACAAAUACUAAACAUAACAUUACUUAAUCCUUUUAAAAAUUAAACUACAUAAUACGAAAUAAUGAGUUGGUUCUGGAAUCGUUAUACGGCUGGAGUCAUUUUUGCAUUUACUUAUAUAGCGGGCUUUGUAAAGUACUUUAUUUCAAUAUAUAAUUCUUAUGUACAAUACGACAAUAUUUUAGAUCAAGAUCGUAGAGAUUAUUUAAAAUCCGAAGCUUUCAAAUCAAUGGUAUUAUGUGCUGUGGCAGUUUUAAUAUCUGUUUUAUUUAUAGUGGGUAUUUUUAAGAGAUAUCAGUACUUGAUAAUUCCUUGGCUGUGGCUUUGUGUCUUUAUUAUAUUUGGAACUAUUUUAAUUGGGGGCACAGGGUUGUAUGCAGCUGCAGUAUUUGGUAUUCCAUUUUUAAUGAUUUUGGUAAUUUUUGUGAUUGUUGUGUUGGUACUUGUUAUAGAAUUUGCCAUUUUCUGGUUCAGCUACUCUUUCUUCAAGGAAAUGGGUGAGGAAAAUAAUGAAAAUUCUCAGCUUCAAUCCGAAGAUGCGAUGGCAGAAAGAUCUUUUAUUUGAUUCUUUUAAAUGUGAAGUUUUCAUUUACAAAUAUUCUACAUUUAUUAAUUUUUUAAGCUUCGUUCCUAUUACGGGGUCGUUGUCGCAGUCGAUAAUGGGUGGUUUUGUCACGAAUGUCACCAUGGACUUAAAUUCCAAUGUGUUUUAUGUUGGUAGGGGCAAAUUUUUGCUUAAUAGUUAAAUAAAGUAAAAACUUGUUAUUGUUUUAUAUCUUAUUGUGUUAUAUC